AUGAAACCACACUUGAAGCAGUGGAGACGACGAACGCUUUGUGGGAUAUUUGCUUGGGGGCUCCUCUUCCUGGUGAUUUUCACUUACUUCACCGACAGCAACCCCGCUGAGCCUGCACCCAGCUCCUUUGUUUUCCUGGAGACCAGGAGACUCCUGCCCGUGCAGGGGAAGCAGAGGGCCAUCAUGGGUGCCAUACAGGAUCCCUCCUUGCCUGAAAGUGUGGAGGCAAACAAGGGGCUGCCAAAUGUACAAGCCUUGGGGCCUCGCGACCUGCAGAUAUGGGCCCAGAUGCAAAGGGAGGUUGAAAAUAAAGAGUUCUUUUCAUCCCAGAUUGGGAGAAAAUCGCAAAGUACGUUCUACCUGGAGGAUGAUGACUACUUUUUUGCUGCUAGUCAGCGAGCACCUCACAGCCAUACUCAGGGAACAUCGGAGUCGCUUUCCACCAGGCACCCUGGCCGGCUGGCGGGGGUAUCGACGGUGAAGAACAGGUAUCUUCGUCAGAGGAGCAGCCGUUUGCUAGAGGAGGGCGACGAUGGAGACAAGCUGUACUCUUCCAUGUCUAGGGCCUUCCUGCACCGACUCUGGAAGGGAAACGUCUCCUCCAAGAUGCUCAACCCGCGCCUGCAGAAGGCUAUGAAGGACUACGUGGCUGCUAACAAGCACGGCGUGCACUUCCGCGGGAAGCGCGCGGCGGGGCGGAGCCGGGCGGCUCUGCUGUGCGCGCUGCGGCGCCGCGUGCGCGUGCGCACGCUUGAUGGCACCGAGCCGCCCUUUUCUGCGCUGGGCUGGCGGGCGCUGGUUCCAGCCGUGCCACUCAGCCGUUUACACCCGCGCGGCUUGCGUUCCUGCGCCGUGGUCAUGUCUGCUGGCGCCAUCCUCAACUCCUCCUUAGGGGAAGAGAUAGAUUCUCAUGAUGCAGUUUUGAGAUUUAACGCUGCUCCUACACGUGGCUAUGAGAAAGAUGUUGGAAAUAAAACCACUGUGCGCAUCAUUAAUUCCCAGAUUCUGACCAACCCCAACCAUCACUUCAUUGAAAGUUCAUUGUAUAAAGAUGUCAUUUUGGUGGCCUGGGACCCUGCUCCUUAUUCUGCAAAUCUUAACCUGUGGUACAAGAAGCCAGAUUACAACCUGUUCACUCCAUAUGUUCAGCACCGUCAGAGAAACCCAAAUCAGCCAUUUUAUAUUCUUCAUCCUAAAUUUAUAUGGCAGCUUUGGGACAUUAUCCAGGAGAACACUAAGGAGAAGAUUCAGCCCAACCCACCAUCUUCUGGCUUCAUUGGAAUCCUCGUCAUGAUGUCCUUGUGCAGUGAAGUGCACGUGUAUGAAUACAUCCCAUCCAUCAGGCAGACGGAGCUCUGCCACUACCACGAGCCGUACUACGACGCGGCUUGCACGCUGGGGGCGUACCACCCGCUGCUCUACGAGAAGCUGCUAGUGCAGCGCCUAAACACGGGUGCCGGGAUGGACCUGCGCCGAAAGGGGAAGGUGGUCCUGCCGGGGCUCCGGGCUGUGCACUGCCCCACCCCCAAUUCAUGA